CCCAUGCUUCUUCAUGUGCUCUUCCACGACGUUGAACGACCAGCCCCAACUACGAUGCGGCUCCGAAAUGGCAGCCACGACCUAUGAGCCAUGUCUUCACCCCUUCCUGUGCCGUCAAAGGUCGCCGUGACCGCCAUCCGGGGACUGAUUGUCGGCACAUCUUGUUCCCUCGUCCUGAUUACCGAGGACCGCCGGCGUCGUAUCAACAACGCACGCAAUGCCGUACAGAAUGCGCAGAGACUCAAGUCAGCUAGGAAUUACCGCACUGGAGGAGGAGAGCUUGCGUUGGCGCUGGAGGAGGAAGCUCUGCUUGAGCCUGGCCUAGUCCAUUGGGUACCUCCACGAGGAGCCAAGGAAUUCAGCAACCAUACGGAGAACUGGGCAAGGCGCAAUGAGCUAGAGUUUGCAAAAAGCUCUGCCGAAAGGCAUCGGGUAGAGGCCUCUCGGAGCGAGAGGUCUGCUGCAGUCAGGGCGGACGACAAUGGCAAUCGCAGGAAGAGCUCUCCUUUGGCUGUGGACCCAAGCCCAACCCUACCGACCGGAUACAGCCCGUUUCUUCAGAGCCAGCCCACAGAGUCUCUCCAGGCGGCAUUGAAAGCCAACCAAAUGGCAUAUGGAGCGAAAGCCACGAAUGUCUUCGCUUUUCCCAAAACCGAGGAGAUUAUCGACGUUGUACAGGAGUCUACGACGAGCAAACACCCACGGCGACUCGAUCUUGCCAUACACCUAGUCCACGAAGCGUUGGCAGUCGCAAAAACGCCUCGCGACCCAGACACCCCGUUAAUACAAGCCGCCGCGCUCCUCACUCGGACGUGCCAGGAUCUCGGUCGCCUCGACGAUGCAGGGAGAAUCCUCCGCUUGAUCGUCGCUCAUGGGCCGCUUCGCGAGGAGGAAUACUACAGCUUCAACCCUCUGGAGUUGGUAGAAGGGCUUAUUUCCGAACUGGAGUCUGCCUCCACUGAACAAGCCGUUACGGCAAACAAACUGGACCUGGCAUCGGUGCUAUUCCUGCCCACCUUCACAGAAAAGCCGAGGUUGGCGAUACCAAGGGCAUUCGAUAUCGGUCGAAGGCUUCUGGAGCUGUCGUUCGCCACCAACAAACUCCAGCAUGUCGAUGGACUCUACUGGCGAUGCCUCGUGCAUCGGCAGGACGACUAUGACUUUACUGGAUGGUUUCUAACACGUCUGCACGAGCAGAACGAACACAAAUCCGCGAUAAAAUACUUCUUGCUCUGUUACUCAAAGAUGUCGCCAAACCAGGAGUCUCUCUACGCCGUCGGCGAUGUCCUUGUCGAGUCAGUGGCGGCGGCUCGCAACUUGAAGGCUGGGCAAGUCUUGAAAGCAUUGGAGGAGCUCUGUUCCGGAACUUGUAUGCUGAAGACAGCUUGGGUAAUGAGGCUCCUGAGCUCGCAUUGGCAACGAUAUAAUGAUUUCGAGGCGACGGAGCAAAUUUUCAGGGCAUUGCGUGCCUCCGGCCUGAGAAAUGUCGUGGCGCAUCCGGACGGCAUUUAUCGCGUCAUGAUGGAGAUCGCAUUCAAAGCAGAUCGGCCUCAAAUAGCUGAAUCCUACUUUGAUGAGAUCGUCAGCGAGAAGCCAGGACUCGCCUCGGAUAUCCGCCUACUAGGCCUUUUUGCACAACAUAAAGCCAGGCUUGGGGACUGGGAUGGAGCACGGAUGAGUUUUGAGGCCAUGAGCGUCAGCGGCAAGGAAGCCUCUGAUGCUUAUGGCGAGGUCUUUGUUCCUAUUCUAAAGAUCUACGCUCGAGGCCAUACGACAACCGAGACCGAGGACUUUCUGCGAUUCUAUGUUGAUGAACUCAAAGUCCCGAUCGUCGCCUAUACCGUCACCCUCAUGGCGAACCAUUACGGAGCCGUGCGAGAUAUCCAGUCCUUGGUGCAGUGGCUGAAGUACUGCGCCGAUUCCGGUUUCAAGGUGGACGCGGCAUUCAGCAAUGCCAUUCUAACCAACUGUCGUCGGAGAUGGAAACUACCCUUCAGUGAUCUGCGCACCAUGUUCCUGAAGCUUCGCGCCAUGAGCCCCGAAUUUGCGGACAAAUGUACCGAGGACAUGAUGGUGCACGCUGCCCUUUCAGAUCCCAAAUGCGGUAGCCGGUCCGCAGUCGGUCGAGUUGUGUCCCUGAAGAUCGAUCCGGGCAAACUGGCAAUCAGGGGCAAGUGCGCCCCUGAACGGGAAGUGGUGCUGGCGAUGAGGCAGCAACUUAGUUUCGGCCGCCCGGGACAGUCUCUCCGAAUAUACAAGAGGGCCUUGCACCAAGGGAUGCCGUUCUCGUCUCACGCCCUUCGGCUCGCGGUCCAGGCGAGCUUGAGAGUGCGGGAGAACAACUACGAGGCUGCAUACAGCCUCAUCCAACGUGCUCAGCGGAGCGGGGAGGACGUCAGUGGUGCGGCCGUACCACUCCUGGCCGCGCAGAUCAGGCACAUCAACCUCAGUCUGGCCAAGGAGGACAGGGUGGACGCGAUCCGAAAGUUGAUGGGCCAGCUCGGAGAUAAAGAGAUCAGGGUAUCGGACGUGACUCUGAAUCUCGCCGCGCUCUCUUGCCUGAACGCGGGACGCUACGCGGAAGCUGUCGAAUACGCCCUGGCAGCAGCAAGGGCUCUCGACCAGUCGGGGCCGUGUUACAACAUGUACAAUUUUUCGAUCUUGAUCUCGUCUUACGCGGAGAUGGGCGACUUGGAGCGUCUUAGAUGGGCUAUUUCGAGGGCGAGAUCGAGUGACUACUGGACGGAAUUGCAUUGUCUGAGGGCUCUCAAGCGGGCCAGGAAGAGGCUGGAUCCGCCGGGAGGCAAUUGCCGAGUCGAAUCCGACGUCGCUUCGAGGGAGGUGAUAACAAAGGCGAUUGGGGAGGCGGUUGGCGCGCGGAAGAAGCUCCGCAAGGAGAGGCAUAUUAUGCAGGAGGAGAUGAUUGAGAUCAUGAAGAAGGCCGCUGCGGACGCGUCACCUGCUGAUUUUGCAGAUGCGUCUCUCCUCGGCAUGCAGCCGAGAAUCAGGGGUCUAGACCUCGAGUUUGACGGCCUUGGAUUUGAAGGCAUGGGAUUAGAGGAGGACAUGGGUGGGUUGAACCAUGUUGGCUUGGGAAAGGUGCCUGAGCCACGGCAUCUCCCUGUUGAGUCUCUAGCUGGAUAGGUGGCUCCCUCUGUAUCCGUGUAUAUAUAUAUAUAUUAGGUGCACAAUAAGGCCAACCUCAGGAAAGAUAAAAGAGUGGUGUUAUACAAAACUUAUACAGCCGU